AUGCUGCUGGUCCUGCUCGGCUGCCUGCUGCCGGCCACCGGCGCCGGGAAGAGCUGCCUGCGCUGCUGGCCGGAGCUGCCGCUGCUGGUGGAGUAUGACCUGCAGGUCCUGUGGGGGCCGCCGGGGCCGCCCCGGGAGCUCUCCCUAAGCCUCCAGGCCCUGCUCCGGCAGGCUCCCGUCCCACCGGAGCCCCGGUAUCUGGGGCACGAGCAUGUGGAGCGAGAAGCAGCUGAGUUAUUCAAUCACAUCGACGGGGCCAUUGGGAAGUUCCGCAAUGACAAACCAUCGCUCCUGAAUGAGGUUAACGUCCAGAAGCAGCUGUUUGUUGAGAGGCUGAGCAAGGCUUAUGAGGAGCUCAAGGAGCAGGCCCUACCCUUCAAAUUGGAAGUCAUCAGCUGUGCCACCUGCAGAGCACACCUCCUCACCUGCAGAGACCCCACCCUCUGCCCAGGCUGGACCCAGCAGACUCUCCUGUGGGCUGUGAGCCUCUGCGUUACUUUCUCCCUGGCAGUCAUAGCUGGAGGUGGAUGGUACAUUUUCUGGCACAAGAAGCAGGCAGAAGAGGUACUGGAGGACACCCCUGCUCGGCUCUAG